GCCACAGGUGGUUAGGCUUACCUGAGCUCUGGCCUGGGAAGCCAUAGAUAGAUCAAGGCCACUAAUUUGCAGGCCAGCCACCUAUUUGCUUGCCCUGGAAACAAGGUGGUGUUAGGACCCAGUGGCCAGUCCAAGGUGGCAGCAGCGGUUUGAUGUUUCAACUUUCCUUCGUUCUAUUUAAAGACUUUCCUGAGUCAGGAGAGCUGAGCUGCUGUGGAUGACAGUUUGCUUCGGGCAACCCUGGAGAGUAUUGAGUAGAGUGGGAUAAACAGCUCGGGGAAGUGACCUGGGGGACAAAAUGGAGACCGACUGCAACUAUGAGUCUGACGGAUCACCUGACGUCUCCAUGGAAGAUGAAGAGGAGGAUGAAUAUGAGCCGAACAGGCUGAGGGAGUCAUCUUUAAAGAGCUUUAACCAGCAUGAAGAGGUAAAAUCGGAUGCCAUGGAUACUAUUCAUAGUGAAGAUAGUGCGCAGACGUGGGAGACAAGUUCAAGUAGAUGUUCCACAUCCCAAGCCUCAGAAACUAGUGCUACGUCUGGCGUUUAUAGUAUGGAAAACUCCUACAUGGAAGGUCCUCCAGGGAAAUCUAUAUCUUUGAUGGAUGAAGGAAAGAUGGUACAGAAAAGAACAAGGAACUCACCAUAUCAGGUGCCCCUGUCUCCAAAUGAGAAAAUGGGCCCAGGCAAUGAAAAAUGUGGCUUUUCUGGAGGGCCAACAGAAGCAAAAGCUUUGGAAAGAGAAUUAGAUCCUGCUGAUCCACAGUCAUGGACCCUUCAAGUGCAACCUUCAAAGAUAAAAAACUACUUGGCACAAAUUACACAGGAAGUGGUGGAUCCAUUGCCAGAAGAAAAAGAAAAUGUUUUCAUGAAAAAGGCAGAGCUGCCCCUCGAAGGAACGGUAAGAGCUAAGAUUAAGCUACUCACUGCAGCAUUGGAAGAAAGAAAUAAAAAGAUUUUCCGGCGGGUGAACAAUAUAGAUUUGCCUCCACCUACAGUUGUUGUAAUCAGGAAGCCAAGAGAACCACCCAAAAAAUUCACCAGGCAAGCCAUGUUCCAGGCAUCUUUAAAGCAUCUUGAACAACAAGCCACCAUUAAGAAUGACCAGAAGGAAAUCCUGCAUCUCAAGCAGAUGAAGACAAUGCUUGCAAAGUCUGUUCCCCGUAACAGAGAUGAGCAAGUGCGGCGAUCUUUUCUGCCUGAACCUCUGGAUAAGGCUUCCAAAAUGGUACCACCAACUUCACCGCUCUAUACCGACAAAGCAAAGAAGCUGGACACUGAAUCACAUUCCCCUGCCACGCGAAUGACAGCCCCAGAAGUGGCAAGGUUUGCUUCACCAGAUCGUCAUGACAGAAUGGAGAAAAGGGGAAAGCAAUCUCAGCUUUCUACUACAGCAAAUACUGUGUCAGAAAAGUUGCCCAGCCUCUGUGUUGAAACAGAGGAGGAGGAGGAGGCGGUGGCGGAGGAAAUACAGCCUCCUCCAUUUGUUUCUACCAAACCCCUUUCCCAGCCUGCUAAUGAAGCAGAGAAUCAGGAUGACUCAACUUUCUCUAAGCUAUCAGAAUCUGCAGCUCAGGAUGUGCAGUACCCAAAUAACAUUGCUGCUGAGCAGUAUGAGUCCCGAGAUUCUCUUUUUACUGAAAUCAGAAACCCAGAUAUUGGCUUCACAAUCCCUUCACAAUUUGAGAUCAAAGAUUCAGGCUUGUUGCAUUCUGCUGAAGAGGCAGGGAAGCAAGACAUCCCUAUUUGCUCACCUGAACCCGCAGAGCCUGUGCCUGAGCAGGCAAAAUUACCUCCUCCAGUUAGUGAAAGAGAAAAGCAAGAAACGAAACAGCUGGAGGUGGAAUAUUCAAAGAAAGAAGAGGUGCAGGAGCAACCAACCACACUUUUGCCAGCAGAGCCUGCACAUUUGAUGUAUUCGUUGACAGAAUGGGAAGUUGGGGAAGCUGAAACUGCACCCAAUUUAUCUUCUGCAGCUAGCAGAAUAGAAACACAGGAAUCUCAGAGUGAUCCCUGUGAAGUUGCAGAGGAACAUAUUGGACUUUCACAGCCCACAUACUUUAUGGGUGAAGUUGAGAAAAGAGAAGAAGAGCACCUGGAACCAGAUUUGGCAAAGGAAGCUGUUGAGACACAGAUAUCUGUGACUGCAUCACUACAGCCAGAACAGUCAGAUGCACUGCACUCAAGUGAAAUUAAAAAUCAGACAGCAGAGCCAGGAUCUCAGUGGCUGGAGUCUUCACUCCCUAUUCCUGAAGCACAGAGAGAGGAAAUCCAGCAACACUCUCUAGCAUGUGCACAGUCAGAAAGGGAACAUCCAGUCAUCUCUGAACCUAUAAAGGCAACACAGGGAUUUGAACUGCACCUCAAAGGUAAAGAAGUCAGUGCAAGCUCUCCUGCUGAAGCACUCAACUCUUCAGAGCAACUGUCAUCUGUUUCAUCUGCUGAGAAGGUAGAAAUGCUGGAGACUCGGCAGCCUUCGCUAGAAACUGUAACACUGUUUUCAGAACAGCUAUGCUCUGUUUUACCCUACCCAACAGAGAAAAUUGAGAAAAAAGACAGCCUGCCUUGUUCUCCUGAGACAGCUGCUGAAACAGCAGAAAUAUCACUUCCCACUGCCACCUUCCAAACGGCUGAAGUAACAAAAGUAGAAUUCCAUUCCUUGUCUCCCACAGACGUUCCAUCAGAAGAAUCAGUGUCUAUUUCAAGAGAGCCGGAUGUUGCCAUAGAUAGGAAAACAACUCAGCUGGUUUCGCCUUUAUCUGUAGAACCUCCAAGUAAAGCAUCUGUUCUACCCCAAGAAGCAGCAAAAGAAGAAAACCAGCAAUGCCCACCUUCAGGUGCAAAGCUGAGUUCUGAGGACCAGGACGAGGAAGGCCAUCAAGAUGGUUGGUUUCCUUUAUUUGCAACCACACAGUUUGAACCAGAACAUUCAGCUGAAUGUGAAUCAACAAUGCAGAGCAUUAAACAGGAUUCCUCUGCAUCAUUUCUAUUAGAAAAAGCAACUGCAUUGCAUUCUGUUGAUGAUGCAGAUAAGAAAGAGAGGCAUCCUGACAAAUCCAUCACUGAGCCUCCACUGCAUCCUGUAUUCAUGCCAGGAAAACAAGGGAGGAUGGAGUCAGAGAUUGAGCAAACAACUCAUCAGUUAUCACAUACAGUUCUUCCAAUGGAAUCAGUCAGUAAACUGCAGUCAGUGGAGGAAAUGGAGGUCAAUGAGAUCCAGCCUCAUUUAUCUGCAACUGGACAAGAUUUAUCCCAGUCGGUUUAUUUGACAGAACCACAGGAAGACCAGUGUAUAGCAGCAGCAGCAGCAGCAGCCCUUGAAUCUGGUUCUUUAAGUAUACCAUACACUGAGGUUGAAGCAGAGAAAUGCGACACUACAGAACCAGUAUUGAAAGAGGUUACAUAUCAGGCUAUUCAAGCUGUCACUGCAGAAAUGGAACAAGGCUAUCUGAAAGUGUCACAUAUAGUAUCUGAAUCAGAAAAGUGUUUAGAGGCACCUUUCCCAGCUCAGAACACAGAGGAAGGAAACCUUCAGUCACACAAGUUUGUGUCUCCAGAAUCAGAAGAUGAACACCUCGUCUCAUCAGAAAGAGAAGAAUCUGAAUUUUAUCCACUCUUAACUCCAACACCUGAAUUGGGAUAUCCUAUUGCUGGUUCAGAAAUACAGGAGAGCCAAAGCUAUUUAUCUGAUGCAUUAAAUGAGGCAUUAAAUGCAUUAAAUGAGCAGCCAAGCUACUCUUCCUCAGUUCUUGAGGAUAAAGCCAAGAUAGAAGAAAACGAAAUCCCCUUUCCUGAAACUCCAAAAAUGGUGCCAGAUGAGUCACUGUCCUUUGCAGCCUUCCUCAUUAGUGAAGCCAAGGGAGAGCCACUUGUGUCACCUGUGGACACAAAGAUGACGCCAAAGGAAUCAAAUUCCAUUCCAGAAGCUUUUGUUUCUGAGGAAGUAAAGGAAAUAGCCCCUCCUUCCUCAGAACAACUUUCUAAGGAAGUAAUUUCAUCAUAUGCUGCUGCUGAAGAAGAGAACCAAGAUCAGUCUCAUUCACUUCUGAGGGAAGAGUCAAAACAUCUGGAUGCUGGAGGAGCAGAUGUGCAAGGUGGUCAGUCUCAUUUGCUUGUUGCAGCAGAGCCCGAAGCAAGGAGCCAGGACAUUGAGCUGCAUUGCCCCAAAACAGCACAAUCAGAGCUAGAAGAUUUGACCUUGCUGAAUUCUACUGAAGAGAUCCAGAAGCAAGAAACUCCCCUAUAUUCACCUUCCAUUGUACCAUCUGUACAUGAAGAAAUAUUGCAUCACAAGGGAGAAAGAGAAAACCAAGGAACAGUAAUUUUAGGCACUGAACUGAUAAUGGAGGAAGAUGCUCCUCUAAAGUCACCUGUCCUACCACAGGAGUUGGAACACCUACAUUCACUGCAGUCAGUAAAAGAAUCCCAGAUGGAAAGGGCUCAGCCUUACUCUUCUGCAGCUGUUCAAGAUUCAUCACAGCUUCCUGGUGAGACAGGAUCACAGGAAGGUCAGGGCUACUUUUACAAAACUGCAGAAGUGGAUUCUGGAGUUUCUAAGUUAUCAGAGCUGACGGAUGCAGUUAUGGAGCAAGAAAUCCAGGCACCAAGGACUGAAGCUGUCAAGUUAGAAUGCAAACAGUCUGCUUUGUCAGUACAGCAAAAUGAGGAAGUGCAGCAUCCACUGGUAACUGCAUCACUGGACCUGGAACAUUUAGGCUCAUCUUAUUCCACAGAAACACAAUUCCCAGCAGAGCCACCACCAGAUGCAUCUCUUCUCAAUGAGAAAGCAGAGGAGCAGGAAGUUCGUUCACAACCAGCAUCAGUCUCACCAGCAUUUGUAUUGGAUCAAUCCAGCUCUGCUUCACUGGAUCUAAUGGCAGAAGUUGAGGAACAGGAGACCAAGCGUCCUCCUGAAGUAGCUAACGUGAUGCCAGAAGAACCCUUGUCUUUUGCAGCCUUUCUCCUUGCUGAGGCAAAGGAAAUACAUACUACUUUGACCUCAGAAAAAGAGAAUCUAGACAGUCAGCCUCCUUUCAAGGAAGCUGAUUUGUUAAUAGAAAGAUCAGAAAGCAUUUCAGCUAGCUCUCCUGAGACAAAUGUAACUAUUAAGGAAGAAACUGAGCUUCCUACAACACAUUUUGAAGUGGAACAGUUUGCUAGUAAACCUGAAGCAGAUGUUACUUAUCGAGAUGAAAGGGGAAAUAUUUCUGAGACUCCUACGCUACCUAAUUUAAUUCCAAAUGAGCCUUCUGAUGCUGUAAUACCAGAGCCCAUAAAUGCUAUUUUAACACACAACUUGCAUUCAUCAGUAUCUUCUGCAGACUCACAUAUGACUGACAACAAGACAAUACAAAUUAGUGCGGGAGACUUUUUGAAAACAGAAGAAAUCAAGUGUUUGCCUAGUGCAGAGAUAACUUUGAAAGAGCCUGAAAAGGAAUUAAAAGAUCACGAAAAACUGAGGGAGAAAGCCAUAUCUGCUGCUGAACUUGGUCGAGGAAAAGAGAAUUCUGAAGGUAACAAGGUAGUGAAUAUUCAUGCUGGUCCACUCAAUUCUUCAGCUGAUAAAGAAGAAGAGAAGCAUAUGCUGGAGAGAUUAGAACACCUGGAAACAGCUGCAUUGCAGAAAAGAAAACCAUUCCAUGAUGCUGGAGAUAUGUCUGUUGACCAGGAAUUUUCAAGGUGCAAAAUAAGUGUAAAAACCAUAGAAGGCAUAGAAGAGGACAAUCAUGAAAAUAAGGAAAGCAAAUCAAAUGAACUUGUCAAGGAAAAGGGGGUCCAGGAAAGUGUAGAAACAAAAAAGGAAGUUUCUAUUGUUCAAGAAAGCAAUGAAGAUGGUGGUAUAAAUGAUAACGGCAUAGAUCACAUUGAAAAGUAUACUGUCGUUGAUGAGACCUGCUUCAUCCAGACAGGAAAGGAACAGUCUUUUGAGGAAGUACAGAGGCAAUUUGAAGUUACCAUAGAAAAUUCUGCAACACUUCCAACUGCAGACACAAAAAAUAUUUUAGAGUUUUCUUCACUAGAAAGAGACUUGGAUGAAGGCUUCAAUAGAAUGGCCGAGAAAGAAAAGACAACAGCUAGUCAUGAAGACCCUUCAACAAUAUUAAUCAAAGGUGAAAUAAUUGAUGCUGUUAGGGAAAAGGAUGAAAACACAGAGGAUAAGCUUAAUUUAGCAGGUGAACCCCUAUUUAACACACAAAAAGAUGUGCUAUCAUCUCCAUUAAUUUCUUUGCCUGCCACUACAGUCAAUCCUGAGCUUCUUGAGGUGCCACCUACUUUGGCAUUUUUAUAUAAAGAUCUCUAUGAAGAAGCUGUGGAAAAACCUAAGGAAGAUAGCCACAAAUAUCCAUCAAAUGAAGAGACUGAGAAUCCUGACUUAUCCUUUCACAUCAGAGGCCCUACUCGAGAGGAUGGUACUGGAAUGUGCUUUGAAAGGGAUGUUUCUAAAGAUGACACUCCAACUUUGGAAGAAUCCCAGAAGAAACAAGUUCUAAAAGAUAAAGCUAUUAAUGAACAAGCUGUAACCCUACAAAGAGUUUCAAAAUGUGCAGAUGAACCAAGUGAAAAGAAGCCUCAGUCUCUUCACAUUCUAACUGAAGCACAUGCUGAAACGGAGGUCUCGUCACCAAGAGGAAUGGUGGAACAGUUGGAUGACACAUUGGUAGAUAGACCAGCUGAGAUCAUGAGUGACAUAAAAGUUGGAAAUGGUCACCCACACACUGCAGUUCCUUUUGGAAGUGGGCUCUUUGGCUCAGGUGCAAGUAAUGAUGACAGCAGUCAAAGAAGUGCAGAAGAAUCCUUGCCUGAAGAAACAGGCCAAGCAUUACCAGAAGAAACGAGCGAUGAGGAGUCUUGUCCAAUACUUGAUUAUGCAGCAAGUGUCUUUGAAAAUGCAACAUCUGUGCAAGAUGAAUCAGAGGAAGUUGCUUGUUUUGCAGUUGGCCAAAACCAGCAAUCUGAAAUAACAGAUGCUCAUGAAAUGGAUAAUGUGGUUGUCCCAAAACCUGUUGAAGAAAGCACACAAUCUCAUGCAGCAUUCCACCAUGUUAGCACUCCCUGGCAAAGUGAGGGACAACCAGAAGACCAGUUAAUAGCACAGGAUGCACAACCUUUAGACCAUAAACUUACUCUAUGUGGGGACACUGAGGGACAAAUAUCUGAAAAAAGAGUUGGAGAAAAUAUUGUGGGUGAUCUAACUGAGUCCAGCAGAGAAGCAGCAUACCAACCACUGCCUGAAGCAAUAUCUGACAAACCUUUUGGGGAACUGGACUACUCUCUGUUGUCACAUGAUUUUGAUACCUAUCCAUUAUAUCCAAUUAAAGAGGAAGAGUCCAGUGACAUUGAUGAAGAUCUAGCUGAGCUCAUGGACUACGAAAUGGUUAGUCGAGAUGAUGUCUUUGAGGAAGAAACAUCAUCAGAAGUGGUUCAUGAAGAGCUGCUGUUUGAUGACAGAAAAUCCUCAGACCGCAUUAGUGAUAGUUAUGAAUUUGUGAAUGAAAGAGAAGCAAAUACGUAUGCUGAGGAAGAAGAAUUUCAGUUGAUGGGUCUAGACAAACUACCAAGAAAUGUUCCAGAAACUGAAGUCCUAGAGAAAGAAUCAGAUCAUGAACUGUUAGAUAGUUAUUGCCGCCAGUGUAAAUGUCCCAUCUCUGCUGAGGACAAGCUUUCUGGGGAGCAUAAAGAGCACACUGUGACAAACUUGGAUACAGCUGUGACUGAAUUGAAGAGCCAAUUGGAUGGAUUCCUAGAUGUUUUGCAAGAAAGAUCUUUGAAGAUCGAGGGGUUUGUCAGUGAGAUUGAGGCUCUGUUUAAUUCUCUCGAGGAAAACUGUAAGGAAAAGGAGCAGCUUUUGGAUGAGCAAAAUGAAAGCAUCAUCAAGACUGUGAUAGGGCACCAUGACAGACAGCAGCAGAGUUUUGAGGAAGUAAAGAAUACAAAAAUGGACUAUCUUUAUGAACAGAUGGUUAAUUUUCAAGAAUAUGUUGAUACAGCAAAGGACACGUUGGAGGCGAUCUUAAAGGAAACUGAAGAAAUGGAUGAUUUUGUUUUCCUAAGUUCAUCAGAAGAAAUAAAUAAAAGGUUACUUUCUGCAGUGGAGAAUAUUCUGGCUUUGGAAAAGAUACCACCCGCCUUCUCACAGUUUGAACAUUUUGCAAGUGGCUCAGCAAAUGGCAACCAGACCUUAAAACACAUGCCUGUCCCACAGACUCCAAAAUUACAACCUCAGGAUCCAAACUCAGCUACAAGCACAUCGAUUGCAGUGUACUGGACUGUGAAUGAAGAUGAUGUCAUUGAUUUUUUCCAGGUCUAUUGUAUGGAGGAAUGCCCAGGAAACAGAGAACAAAGUGGCUUGGUAGAAGAAUAUCGUGUUACUGUGAAGGAGAGCAACUGCAUUUUGGAAGAUUUGGAACCUGGUCACUGUUAUAGUGUGUGGGUUAUGGCUGUGAACUACUCAGGAUGUAGCUUUCCCAGUGGCAAAUCCACAUUUAGAACGGCUCCCCCGACCCCUGUAAUAAAGGCAGAAGAAUGCAGUGUGUGUUGGGACGCUGCCACCAUCCGAUGGAGCACCAGUAACCCAGAAGCAACAGACUCUUUCACACUCGAGUACUGCAGACAGUAUUCUCCUGAAGGAGAAGGUCUGAGAUCCCUGGCUGGAAUUAAAAGACCUGAAAUGAAAGUUCACCUAGAAUCCAAUGUAAAUUAUUUCUUUUACGUGAGAGCAAUUAACAUCUUUGGGACAAGUGAACAGAGUGAAGCCGCUCUCAUCUCGACCAGAGGAACUAGAUUCCACAUAAUGAAAGAAACAGCUGCCCCUGCCUUGCAGGUGUCACCAAGUGGAACCAUGAUAUGCCUUCCUGAGGAAACUGGAGCCACUAGCAUCUCCCCAGUAUUGGGUGAGCUCCUGUCUGCUCGAGGAUGGCACUACUGGGAAACAACUGUGAGUGGCUGUUCCGCUUACAAGGUUGGGAUCUGCUAUUCUACUAUGCCACAAGACAGCAUCCUGGGGCAGAACAAUGCUUCCUGGUGCUUGCAUUGUCCUAGCAAGACAAGUUUCCUAUAUAAGGUCCUCCAUCGUGGUGAAAUGAGUGAUGUCAUUGUGACAGAACAGCCGCCCCGCAUUGGCAUUCUGCUGGAUUAUAAUGCUGGAAGACUCUUAUUUUUCAACGCAGAAAGAGGGCAGCUCCUGUUUGCCAUCCGGCAGAAAUUCACUGAUGCUGCUCACCCUGCCUUUGUGUUGGAGGAACCAGGAGUCCUUCACCUGCAUACGGGCAUGGAGCUUCCAGAAUUUGUGAAGCAAAGCUAAACAUUUUGUUUGAAUUACAUACAAGACAAAAAAAAGUGGAUAGAAUGUGCUCGGGGUGGCCUUGUUUCCUUCUUCUAAGAUAAGUUAAUGUUUAAGAACUACAAGCCAGAGAAAUGCUCUGUGAACUCAGUGGUUUCAACAGGACUUCCACCAUACAUUCCCCCUCGCCAUCACUACUUCGUAAAGUAUUUUGUAUACUUGGGGGAAGUUUCAAAAGCAGAUCAGGGAAGCUCCUCUUAGGAACAAAAGUGUAAGGUUAUUCACAGAGCACAUAACUCACCCACAUGCCAAGUCCCAGGAGUGGUGGUUAAUUCUCUUCCCAAGUUGUUUUUAUUCACUGGAAUCAUUCACAUAAGGCACAUGAGCAGACACACACACACACACACACACACACACACAAGAGCCAUAGCUCAGUGUUAGAGAAUCUGCUUUGCAGGUUCGAUCCCCAGCAUCUCUGGGUAGGACUAGGAGAGACCGCUGUCUGGUGCCCUGAAGAGCAGCUGCUAACAUUACUGAGCUAGACUGACCAGUAGUUUGACUCAGUAUUAGGUUCUGUGAUCCUACACAGCAGAAAGACACACAAGUUAUCUCUUUACUUACUACUUUCUGUGAUGCAUACUGAAGGACCGCCAAAAUGUUUGUGCUACACUCACUGGGGGAGGGUGCCAGGAACUUCUCCAUUGGUCCCUUUUGAAAUGAAUUGAUUCCAAUGCAUUUUCACAGGGCCCAGCAAGAAGAAAUUAUUGGGAGGAGUGUGCUCAUUGUCUGCAAUCCAGGACUGACCCACACAGGCCUACCUCCAAUCAAGAUGGGUGGGGCUGCUAGGAUUUGGGGACUGCUUUCAGUCUCUACACCCCAUAUAAUCUCUGACCAGGAUAGCACUCCUAUUGAUAUUAACAACAUUGCCCAUCUUGAUUUCAGUUACACUCAUUUAUUUAUUUUUUUGACUGGCAGGCAGAGCCUAGCAUCUCAUGUGUGGCACAUAUAAACAUACAGAGUUCCCAAUCUGCUAGGAUGUGUGAGCAUAAAAUGCUGGGUUCUUAUUGUGUUGUCCUAACAUUUGGGGCCCAACUGGAUCCGGGCAGUUUGUUCAUAUGAAAAUUAUUCUAAUACUGUUUUAAUGGUAUUACGUGCAAUUAAAAAAUUAAAAACAAACAGGUU